CACCCCGCCCCAUUCUCCCGCUUUCCAGCACCCCGCCCCAUUCUCCCGCUUUCCAUCACCCCGCCCCAUUCUCCCGCUUUCCAUCACCCCGCCCCAUUCUCCCGCUUUCCAUCACCCCGCCCCAUUCUCCCGCUUUCCAUCACCCCGCCCCAUUCUCCCGCUUUCCAUCACCCCGCCCCAUUCUUCCGCUUUCCAUCACCCCGCCCCAUUCUCCCGCUGUCCAUCAUCUCGCCCCAUUCUCCCGCUUUCCAUCACCCCGCCCCAUUCUCCCGCUUUCCAUCACCCCGCCCCAUUCUCCCGCUUUCCAUCACCCCGCCCCAUUCUUCCGCUGUCCAUCACCCCGCCCCAUUCUCCCGCUGUCCAUCAACCCGCCCCAUUCUCCCGCUUUCCAUCACCCCGCCCCAUUCUCCCGCUUUCCAUCACCCCGCCCCAUUCUCCCGCUUUCCAUCACCCCGCCCCAUUCUCCCGCUUUCCAUCACCCCGCCCCAUUCUCCCGCUUUCCAUCACCCCGCCCCAUUCUCCCGCUUUCCAUCACCCCGCCCCAUUCUCCCGCUUUCCAUCACCCCGCCCCAUUCUCCCGCUUUCCAUCACCCCGCCCCAUUCUCCCGCUUUCCAUCACCCCGCCCCAUUCUCCCUCUUUCCAUCACCCCGCCCCAUUCUCCCUCUUUCCAUCACCCCUCCCCUUUCUCCCUCUUUCCAUCACCCCGCCCCAUUCUCCCUCUUUCCAUCACCCCUCCCCUUUCUCCCUCUUUCCAUCACCCCGCCCCAUUCUCCCGCUUUCCAAUACCCCGCCCCAUCCUCCCACUUUCCAUCACCCCGCCCCAUUCUACCUCUUUCCAUCACCCCGCCCCAUUCUCCCUCUUUCCAUAACCCCGCCCCAUUCUCCCACUUUCCAUCACCCUGCCCCAUUCUCCCGGUUUCCAUCACCCCGCCCCAUUCUCCCGCUUUCCAUCACUCCGCCCCAUUCUCCCGCUUUCCAUCACCCCGCCCCAUUCUCCCGCUUUCCAUCACCCCGCCUCAUUCUCCCGCUUUCCAGCACCCCGCCCAAUUCUCCCGCUUUCCAUCACCCCGCCCAAUUAUCGCGCGUUCCAUCACCUCGCCCCAUUCUCCCGCUUUCUAUCACCCCGCCCCAUUCUCCCGCUUUCCAUCACCCCGCCCCAUUCUCCCUCUUUCCAUCACCCCGCCCCAUUCUCCCGCUUUCCAUCACCCGCCUCAUUCUCCCGCUUUCCAUCACCCCGCCCCAUUCUCCUGCUUUCCAUCACCCCGCCCCAUUCUCCCUCUUUCCAUCACCCCGCCCCAUUCUCCCUCUUUCCAUCACCCCGCCCCAUUCUCCCUCUUUCCAUCACCCCGCCCCAUUCUCACGUUUUCCAUCACCUGCCCCAUUCUCCCGCUUUCCAUCACCCUGCCCCAUUCUCCCGCUUUCCAUCACCCCGCCCCAUUCUCCCGCUUUCCAUCACCCCGCCCCAUUCUCCCGCUUUCCAUCACCCCGCCACAUUCUCCCUCUUUCCAUCACCCCGCCCCGUUCUCCCGCUUUCCAUCACCCCGCCCCGUUCUCCCGCUUUCCAUCACCCCGCCCCGUUCUCCUGCUUUCCAGCACCCCGCCCCAUUCUCCCGCUUUCCAGCACCCCGCCCCAUUCUCCCGCUUUCCAUCACCCCGCCCCAUUCUCCUUUCCAGCACCCCGCCCCAUUCUCCCGCUUUCCAUCACCCCGCCCCAUUCUCCCGCUUUCCAUCACCCCGCCCCAUUCUCCCGCUUUCCAUCACCCCGCCCCAUUCUCCCGCUUUCCAUCACCCCGCCCCAUUCUCCCGCUUUCCAUCACCCCGCCCCAUUCUUCCGCUUUCCAUCACCCCGCCCCAUUCUCCCGCUGUCCAUCAUCUCGCCCCAUUCUCCCGCUUUCCAUCACCCUGCCCCAUUCUCCCGCUUUCCAUCACCCCGCCCCAUUCUCCCGCUUUCCAUCACCCCGCCCCAUUCUUCCGCUGUCCAUCACCCCGCCCCAUUCUCCCGCUGUCCAUCAACCCGCCCCAUUCUCCCGCUUUCCAUCACCCCGCCCCAUUCUCCCGCUUUCCAUCACCCCGCCCCAUUCUCCCGCUUUCCAUCACCCCGCCCCAUUCUCCCGCUUUCCAUCACCCCGCCCCAUUCUCCCGCUUUCCAUCACCCCGCCCCAUUCUCCCGCUUUCCAUCACCCCGCCCCAUUCUCCCGCUUUCCAUCACCCCGCCCCAUUCUCCCGCUUUCCAUCACCCCGCCCCAUUCUCCCGCUUUCCAUCACCCCGCCCCAUUCUCCCGCUUUCCAUCACCCCGCCCCAUUCUCCCGCUUUCCAUCACCCCGCCCCAUUCUCCCGCUUUCCAGCACCCUGCCCCAUUCUCCCCUUUCCAUCACCCCGCCCCAUUCUCCCGCUUUCCAGCACCCUGCCCCAUUCUCCCUCUUUCCAUCACCCCGACCCCAUUCUCCCUACGCCUGUAG